UUGACUGUUGACCAGUCAGUAAACAUUACUCCCUUCCCUCCAAAAAGUCAAAAUCAGCGAGCUCUCACCGUUGACCGUCUCCUUCAUUCUUCCCUUCUCAAAUUCUAUGUCAUCUAAAAACCCCCAAUUUCCUGGAGAAGAUCGCGAACCCUAAAUCAAUUCAAAACCCUAACACAAUUAGUUCCGAAAAGAUGGAGAAUUCAGCCCAGGAAUCUCACCACCUUGCGAACAAUAUCGUAACCUAUGAUUCCCCUUAUCCACUUUACUCCAUGUCAUUUUCCCUCUCUUCCGCCGGAAUAUCUCGCCGGAGCACCGAUCAAAUCAUCGCCGUUGGAAGUUUCAUCGAAGAGUACAACAAUCGCGUCGAUAUCCUAUCUUUUGACGACGAAACCCUAUCCCUAACCCUAACCCCAAAUCUCUCUUUCCCUCACCCUUACCCUCCGACAAAAUUAAUGUUUCAGCCUUCUUCUUCGUCGUCAUCGCCGCCGCUUCUGGCUUCCUCCGCCGAUUUUCUCAGGCUGUAUUCGCUGAAGAAUGAUUCAACUGAGCUGGUUUCUCUUCUCAAUAACUCGAAAUCGAGCGAUUUCAGCGCGCCAUUGACGUCGUUCGAUUGGAACGAUAUGGUUCCUCAACGAAUCGGAACUUCGAGUAUCGAUACGACAUGUACAAUUUGGGACAUUGAGAAAUGUGUGGUGGAAACUCAGUUGAUUGCUCAUGAUAAGGAGGUUUACGACAUUGCGUGGGGGGAAGCUGGGGUUUUUGCCUCGGUUUCGGCGGAUGGGAGUGUCAGGAUAUUUGAUUUGAGGGAUAAGGAGCAUUCUACGAUCGUGUAUGAGUCCCCGGAGCCGGAUACUCCGCUGCUUAGGUUAGCUUGGAAUAAGCAGGAUUUGAGGUAUAUGGCCACGACUUUGAUGGAUAGUAAUAGGGUUGUGAUAUUGGAUAUUCGGUCUCCGACAAUGCCGGUGGCCGAGUUCGAUAGGCACCAGGCGGGUGUUAACGCUGUGGCAUGGGCACCUCAGAGUGGCCGGCAUAUAUGCUCUGUUGGAGAUGAUGCUCAGGCGCUUAUUUGGGAGCUUCCCAAUGUAGCUGGUCCAAAUGGGAUUGAUCCUUUGUCUAUGUACAGUGCCGAGUCAGAGAUUAACCAGUUGCAGUGGUCUGCUGCUCAGCCGGAGUGGAUUAGUAUUGCGUUCUCGAAUAAGUUGCAGCUGCUGAGAGUUUGAGAUUUCCUGAUGGCUACAAGCCUAUCACUUUGUAUAGCUGAAAACUUUACUGGGAAUUGCUUUUCGAUCGUAGCUGUCCACAAUCUUUACUUUGCUACAACGAGUUCUGCAGCUCUCUUUAGCUGGGUUAGUUUGUUUCUUACUUCGCGUAUAUUUCUUGGAAGCCGAUUUGCUGUUAUAAGAUUUGUGUGGAUGACCUGAAGGCUGUUUCUCAAACUACGGCUGCUGUGUGAUUAGAUUAGGAUAUAGAGGAUAUGUUAGGACUAUUGUUACUUUAAGAAGCUGUAGCUUUGAUGAAAUGUUCAACUAUGUUGAAUUUUUUUAUUGCCCUCGUUGGCGGUGGCAACCUUGGCUGCCAGUAUUGUUUUAUAUUAGAACAUGAAGGUCAUGUAUAUUUUGUUACCGAGUAAAUCGAAUUUAACAUUAUAUAAAAGCAAAAAUUAUCUUGUUGGAA